AUGGCCAACCCCUACCAGGACUGCGCGAUCCUCCUCGGAGACUCUAUCACCCAGGAGUCGGGCGUCUCUUUCAACCUCCAGUCGCGUUUUAGCAAUGCCUACCGUCGCACGAUUGACAUUCUGAACCGUGGUUAUGGCGGAUACAACACUGCUUGGACUCGCCCCCUCUUCGACACCAUCUUCGCCAAGAAGGAGGCGGCCUCUAUCACUUCGACUGUGCGCCUGGUGACGAUCUGGUUUGGCGCCAACGACGCUGUUAUCCCCAGCGCCAGGCAACACGUGUCGCUGGCCGACUAUGAAGCCAACUUGAGGUUCUUCCUCGAGGGCCUUACCUCACCCGAGUCGCCGUACGCUGCGGCCCACGCCAAGGGCCUGAACAUUGUCCUUGUUACCCCACCCCCUCUCCUCCUCAGCUUGAUGGUCAACUACGCUCCCGAACGCGAGGUGGCUCUCACCAAAACUUACGCCGAUGUGGUGGUCAAGCUUGCUGCCGAAUACAAGACCAAGGAGACGGAGAACGGUAACUGGCGUAUCGGCCUCAUCGACAUGUGGAGCGCUACUAUCAAUGCCGCUGGUGGUGAGGGCGAGGGGUUGGCAAAGUACCUUAGUGACGGCCUCCACAUGACCAGUGAAGGCUAUGGCGUCUUUUGGGAGGAAUACACCAAGCUUGUCAAGAACGAGUUCAAGGGCCGUGGCCUGGACUGGGAGGAUCCGACUGACCUGCCUGAGCGUAUGCCCUCUUGGGAUUUGGUGGAUGCGAAGAACCCCAGUACCGUGGUGGACCAGCUUGCCCUUCCUCCUAUUCGCUCGUAA